AUAUAUGAAAUACCUGUACCCAUACGAGUGCGAGAAAGAGAAACUGAGUUCACCGGACGAACUCCAGUCCGCCAUCGAUGGCAACCGUAGAGAAGGCCGGCGUUCCAGUUAUGGUCAGUACCCAGAAAUGGUUGGCGCGACGCCUCCUCCGCACAUGAAUCGCAAUCAGGCCACUCAUCUCCACACAUCACCUCUAAGUCUUGUUUCGCGUCAAUUAAAUGGCCACAACUCACAGGGAAUGUCA